AUGGAAGAGGGAAGUGACGGGUCAGGAAAUGAUGGGAUGGAGUUAGGUGGCGGGAGUAAUGAAAGUUGGAAUGUUGUGAAAGGGGGAAAGGCUAAGCGCAAACGCAAGAAUAAUAGGGGACAGAGAGGAUUGGGCAUAGCGUCUGAGGAAACAGAUAGCGAGCAAGCAAGAGAGGAUGAGGAAGAGCACAAAGUAAUCAGUAGGUUGGAGCAAGAAGGCACCUCGUUUGGUGAGUGGAAUCCUGUACACCUUACUAAAGCAAUAAAUAAACAAGUGGGAGAUGUGAAAAGUGCGAGAGUGUUGCACAAUGGAGCACUGCUGAUUUUUUGUAGAGAUAGCGCGCAGUUGGGGAGAGCCAUCAGGGUGGAUAAAAUUGAGGGGAAGAAGGUGGUAGUAACGCUAGCUAGGAAGGGAGGAGGGAUCACUCGAGGAGUAAUCUUCGGCGUGCCGUUAAGUGUAUCUAUUGAUCAGAUCAUAGAAAAUGUAAAGGGAGCGAAAGUGAGGGAAGCAAAGCGCCUGAAAACAACUUGUGAGGGGGAAAAAUGUGACAGUCUGUCGGUUUUGGUUACGUUUGAUGAAGAGCGACUCCCUGAAAGAGUGCAUAUAGGAUAUAUGAGCUACGGUGUGAGGCUCUAUGUGCCUCGGCCAUUAAGGUGCUUCAAAUGCCAGAAGUAUGGGCAUGUUGCAGCAGUGUGUAAGGGGAGACAAAGAUGUGGGAAAUGUGCUGGGGAACAUGAAUAUGGGAAAUGUGAAAUUGGAGCUAAAAUUAAGUGCUGCAACUGUGGUGGAGAACAUACCUCUGCAUACAGGGGAUGUGAAGUUAGUAAGAGAGCAGCAGAAGUGCAGCAAAUGAAAACUUUGCAUGGGAUCACAUACGCCGAGGCAGCCAGAAGGGUGAGGGUGCAGGCAACUGAAAGUAAUGCCAGGACAACCGAAAGGCAAGAAGUAAGAGCACAUGAAGGAUGCAAAAGAAUUAAGGAAGACACAAUGGUUGUGGGGAAGAGAGAUUUCAUACUGUUCAUGGUUGAGGUGGUUAACUGUACAGCGCAAACAGACAAAAAAACUGAAAAAAUCAAAAUAAUAGUGAGAGCAGCAGAGAAGUAUCUGGGACUGGAGGCAGUCGGGUGGGAGGAAGUGGAGGACCUGUUGAAAAGAGGGGGGUCCAGUUCACAGAAUCCAUCACAGCAAUCAUCAGUAUGGGAUGGAGGAUCAUCAUGGUCCUAA